GUUUUGCUUACAUAUUCUUCAUUUUGUAUUUCCAAUAACAUGCCAAAAGCUACUAGAAACAGAUCAAAAAAGAUCGAAACUCCCUUGCGUCAAAGAAAGUUUGCUGUUCCCGAAAAGCAAGUUCUUGAAAGAGUCGUAGUUAAGGAAGACCGAAUUACUACAGAACCUGCCCACGAUUAUGAAGCUGCAAAGAAGGAUUUCAAAAAGAAGGCUCGUCAUGAGGCCUGGCUCGAGAAACUUGAUCAUUCUUAUGCACUGAAAAAAAAUCAAAAGAAAAAGGAGAACAAGAAAAAGAAUGGACUGAAAGUUGAUCUGAGCGGAUUCAAUGAAAUUUUGGGUUCGAUCGAGAUUAAGUCCAAGGCUGAGCUUGCAAGUCAAGCAACCCACGGCAAAAAACUUGAAGUCACCAAAGAAGCAGCCAUACCCUCUAAUAAGCUCAGAUCAAAGAAAGCUAAAAAGCACGCAGAAAUGCAGGAAAUCCUUCGUAUGCAAAAGGUCAUGCAACAUAAUGCUUUUAAAGAUAACCCAUUGGCAACCAUUCAUAAACAUGUACAAAAUACUUUUCUUUGAGAUAUUUCUAUUUUAGGUAUUUUGUUGUAUUUUUCGAUCACCAUUUUUAGACAAUGAUUGUUUACAAUAAAUUGCAUAUUUCAAAUUUU